AAUGAGGAAUGUCGAUUUUAUCGUACCACUUAUCAUUAUGUGGCAUUUCCGGUUCCUAUUAACAGCCGUCAUAUUCAGCAUAAAGAUAUAUUUAAUGGGGCACGUCCGGGCAGAUUAGUUACGAAAGUUAUACCGCAAGACCGAUACAAUGGUGCAUACACGUUAAACCCCUUUCGUAUUCCUUUUCCGGAUAUGACCAAUUUCAUGGUUACUAUCAACGAAGCCGAAAUACCUCCAGUUUACCAUAGUUCAAAAGAAGCACAUGUAUCUUUACGUCAAAUAUUGGAUCGUUAUCAUAGUGAAAUGCCAUUUUCUUACAGCGAAUAUGUAACCGAUUAUGGUAUUCUUGUUAAUGAUUUAUCUCCAAAUCGUGAUGGUUAUUCUCAAGUUUUACCAAAUGCAACAAGUGGUAAUGUGGGUGUUAAAAUAGAUUUUAGUCAGGAUACUGCCGUUGCACAACAGCUUAUUUGCGUUGGUGAAUUUCGAAAUUGAGUGUUGGUUAUGGUACACAAGCACGUUUAAAAUAUGAUUUUUAAAUCCUAAACAGACAUUGUAUUAUGGCCUGACAAUGGGGAAACAACGUUGUUAUGUGUGUAAGAGAAAAAGGACAUCUCGAAGAAAAAAACAAGCAGGUGGUCUUUGGGGUUUUUUUAGGAACUAACGUUAUUGCCAAAAAACAAACAAAACAAAAACCUGCAAUAAAACAUUCAGGAGCAUGACAAAAAGGUGGGAUUGUUGAUUUGCUUCUUGCUGGCGAAAAAAUAAAAUUUUAAAAAAGAUUUUUAAUAAAAGGAAUACUAAAAAAUUGGUUUUAACAUUUCAGGGUGGUAGUCUUCAUCAAAUCUAUAAAAACUACAAACAUGUUAACAUUAGGAUCAUAUGUCAUCAUGAAGGGAAAGAAUGACAAGUUAAAAACAGGCGGUCCUAAAAAAAGUGAAUCUUUCGUUUGCCGACCUUGACCACCAAACCCAAUGAUGAGGGUGAAGAGGAAAAUGUUGAAGAAAAUGAACCUGAAAUAGUUGAAGACGAAAUAACUGAGAAUGAAUUACCCGAGAAUGUUGAAUUAAUGGGAUACGAUGAUGAUGAUGAUGGUGAGGAAAUUAACAAUGCAGAAAAUACUCAAUCGAUCGAUCCCAAUGUCGAAAACAUAGUUUAUGAUGAUGAUAAUGAUGACAAUGCGGAUGAAUUAGAUGAAGAGGCAUUAAGAACAUUUAUGUUGCAUUUAUUUCAAUUACAAAAACAAAAUAUUAGCAAGAAAAAAGAAAGUCGUCUUAUUCCUAGCGUGACUAAAUUUUUGAAAUUAGAUUUGGAGCAAAAAGGCAAACAAAUCACCCCUUCUAUUACCCGAAAUUUGUGA